UUGUCGUGAUUUGGCUUGGAGAGCAAGACUGUUGGUGUUAUAGAGUCCAACUCUUACGCACAAGACAAAUCAUUAUUUGCCUCACUGGAAUAUUAACCGGAUUAGAGCUCAAAUGUCUCCUAACAAUGGGCCAGUGAUGCUGGAAUCAGCCAGUGCCCAGCACAGACGCAUUCGCAAGCCUCUGGUCACCAAGGCCUCUCUGUCACGUGGGUUCCUGGAGAUUUAAAUAAUCCUCCACUUGAGAGGCAGAACAUCCUUUUAAGUUUUAUUGUUGUUUUCACCAAUUCAUUUGAGGAGCACAAUUGGACCUAAAGGAGAAGUGGACUUGUUACUUCAUUAGGAAGUUGGUCUUUUGGUGUUUUUCCUUCUGUCUUUUUGGUGGUCUUGCUGGGCCUGCCAGUCCUGGUGCUGGAGCUCCUCCCGUGCUGAAAGAAGGAGGACUUGUUCACCUGCUCUGAAACGUCCGACUACAGCUUUGUAAAAUGCAAGAAAUUACCUUUUGACCAAAGAACUUUGGAAAGGAUUUUAUUCUGGAUGCAAAAGAAGUUCAAGAAAGAGAACAAGAAACUGUUGUUUGAAUUGCAGUUGCUGAUUCAUACUGGAACCAUUGAUUGUAGCUCAUUCAUAUAUUUUUAAGAACUUUUCACUGAACACUUGUACCAGUAAUUGAAUCAUCUUAAUUUUCAUCGAUCGGCUUGUUUUGCAUUGCUACUGGCUUGCUGCCGCAAUCGGCUAGUCUGAGCAGAAGUGCCGGGAGGCAGUGUGUGAUUGCGUGUGGAGCUUCACUGCCAGCUCGCCCUGACCGACCCAGCCUGCCAGCGGAUGGAGGAUGCGGAGGGGCUCCCGGGGCUGCGUGCCCGCUCCGACAGCAUGGCCAGCACAGCCUCGGUGUCCACCAGCGGGAGGCUGCUCCUGCGCCAGCGCGUGGUGCAGCUCAUGACCUGCGUGGAGGACCUGAGCUCUGACGAGGAGCUGCAGGAGGAGGUGUCUCGCACCCUGAAUGAGGCUUUCCUGCUCUGCGGGAAGCGGGGCGCCCGCGAGGAGGAGCGCUUCAGGUUGCACAUGGUCACCUGGAAUGUGGGGACUGCUGCCCCCCCCAGCGAUGUCAGCUCCCUGCUGGAGCUGGACUCUGAGAAACCUGCUGACUUGUUUGUGAUUGGGCUGCAGGAAGUCAACUCCAGGCUUCUGAAUUUUAUUAAUGACAUGACGUUUGAGGACCCCUGGAGUCGCCUCCUGAUGGACACGCUGGCCCCGCUGGGAUAUGUGAAGCUGAUAUCCAUCCGCAUGCAGGGACUCCUGUUGCUCCUCUUUGCCAAGCAAGCGCACAUCACAUUCAUCCGGGACAUCCAGGCCAGCUACACCCGCACCGGCAUCUACGGAUACUGGGGGAAUAAAGGAGGUGUGUCUGUCCGCAUGUCUUUCUAUGGUCACUUGAUCUGUUUCCUCAACUGCCACCUGAUGGCACAUAUGGAGAACGCCAGUCAGCGUGUGGACGAGAUUGAGCACAUCCUGGAAACGCAUGCAUUUGACACGGACAAUGUGCCAAACAUUCUCGACCACAAGGUGGUCUUCUGGUUUGGAGAUCUGAAUUUUCGCAUUGCUGAUCAUGGCAUGCACUUCAUGAGAGAGGCCAUCAACAACAAGCGCUUCCAUUUACUCUGGGAGAAGGACCAGCUGAACAUGGCGAAAAAGAAGGAGGCCUUCCUGAGGGAGUUCCAAGAGGGCCCUUUGCGAUUCAAGCCCACUUACAAGUAUGACCUGCACUCGGAGACUUAUGACACCAGGGAGCAGAAGACGUGGUUGGGUUUUAAUGGUAAGAAAAGGAAGCCAGCCUGGACGGACCGGAUACUGUGGCGGGUGAUGAGUAGUGACCAGGAUGCUGCUGAAGAGGCGGAGACUAAUGUGAAAGGGGAGGAGCAAGAGGAGGAAUGGAAAGGGGAGGAGCAAACACAAGUGAAGGAGUUGGUAUCUCCAGUCAAGGUGACUCUAGACUCCUACACCAGUCACAUGAGCUAUGGCAUUAGCGACCACAAACCAGUCACCGGCACUUUCAUUCUGGAGCUGAAGAAGAUGUUCCAGACCCCGCUGGUGCAGCUGUGUGCGGAGGGCGAGUGGAGCGCUGACCAAGAUGCUCUCAUCACCUACAGCAUCCUGGAGCCCUUCCCCAGCAGCACCUGGGACUGGAUCGGGCUCUACAAGGUGGGCUUCAGGAGCUACAGCGAUUACGUCACUUACGUGUGGGUGAAGGAUGAUGAAGUGCUGUACAAUGAAGAAGCUGUCCAGGUGUAUGUGGGCAUGAAUGAGAUCCCGGUGUUGGGUGGAGAAUUCUUGCUGUGCUACUACAGCAGUAACUUGCAGUGCAUCAUUGGGAUCAGUGCCCCUUUCCAGAUCCACGAGUCUAAGGUUGCCAUAGAAGAGGGACUGGCAUCGGAGAACAUCGGUGGUCUGGAAAAUGCAACCAGCUUGAAUUCCAACCAAGAUUUCUGAGAACCCUUCCCCUACUUCACUAGAGAUCUGUCCUGUUUUUGUCGGCUAAGCCACUCACCCCAAAUCUCAGUGCUCGAAUGGUGUUUUCUUCCCUCACACCGUCACAGCGCACUCUCUCCGUGUACGUAUACUACAGGACGGCACAGUCUGGAAAGGCCUGAAUAGGGUCCAGCAUGUCUGUUUCAGGGGCACAGCACUGCCACUGACUGGCUCCACAUGAGGCUUAGGAAGAGUCUUCUCUGGUGCUUCUGUGAGCUUCUGAGCUCCUCCUCCUAAUGCACCAUAAUGUUAUUUGAUGAAUGCAUUGUGAAUGAAUAUUUUGGCAAUGAGUGUGUAUAUAAAUGCUUCAGAGACAUUCAUUAUAAAUAGUACAUACACAUCAAUUCUGAAGAAGGAAUACUUGUUAAUUGAAAACUGAUUUCAGCCUCCUUCAGGUAAGAUUUUAGCUGCGAGGAGACAUUCUUACCACUCCCCACAUACAUUCACCAGUGCCGGCAGGCAUUGUCACAACCACAGAACACCAUGGCAUUCUGGGAGUGGGAGGGGGGAUGACGUGGUUGCACUGUUCAAGGGGCAGGGGUGUAACCUCAGGGUUUUUCCAGGGGUUUUUAUUCACCUGAAAAUAGCCUCCAGAUUAUUUUAGAUCCCAGAUCUCGUGCCUCACCUUUGUUUGCAUUCCCCAUGAAUUACCUUCAAAAUCUUUACUUUUGUUUUUAAAAUGUAGAAUAUAAGAGACACUGAUUUCAAAUUGCAAAAUACAAAAUUUGUGUUUCUUAAAGUUUUGUUUUCCAAUGCCCUUUUCAGUUACAGGCAUAAACUGCUGUUCCCUUCUUUUAAAAGCAAUUCAUUUCAGGGUCUUUGUUUUAAUCCUGUUGAGAAUGAAGAAUGUGAUCUACUUAAACAUAGAGAAGAAAGAAUGACUAUCGUGUUGCACAGUUGUAUUUAAUUUUAUCUUUAGAUAUAUGUCACUUUGUGCAAAAUUAUAUUAUUUUAAAUGUAUUGCUAACAUGCUGUUGAGUGGAUAUCUUUCCAUGUUCAGUCAUCCUUGCUGUAUUGUCUGCAGUGAUGGAGUAUGAGUGUAAGAGAGUUUCUUGAGGAGUCUGGAGCCACAACACCCAGGCUCUCAGGCUGCCACUCGCCGCUUAAUGCUUCCAAAUGCACAGAGGAGUCACGGCAGAGUUACAUUUUACAAUACUGAGGGCCUGUCUUUUUGUUUUAAAUGUUUUUUUUUCUAAUCACUAUUUAUAUAUAUAUAUUGCUGUAAUGUACUUAAAAUGCUUUCUAGUGUGCAAUGUUGAUCUGUAAUAUUCCUAUAUGGAAAACCAGAAGUGCUCUAUUUUCGUAGUGACAAAUGCUAAUAAAAAUGUUUUAUUAUUUUUAA